CGCGCGCAGGCACGCUCUGCAUACGUCUCCACUUUGCCGUGGUAAAUUACGGCAUUGAUCUCAACGCCGAGUGCGGGCUCUGUCUCUUGCGCUCGCCCUUUCUUCGACGGACCGACUUGGAGAAACGCUCGAGAGAGAAGUAACUCCUCUCAUCCUGACUGUGUCUGUGAGGACCCUUGGUCAUGUCCGCUUAGCUGCCCUGCGUGAUGCCUGAUCAUGACAGCACCACCCUCCUAACCAGACAGACAAAGCGCCGACGUGUCGACAUCGGGGUGAAAAGGACUGUGGGUAGCACGAUAUUCACCCGCGCCAGGGAGACCCUGUUCGACAGCAUGAAUCAAUCGCACGGCCCCGAUCAGGACGGAGACUGCUCGUUGGUCAGUCAUGGCCACGGGGGUACCACCAGUGAUGGAGAGAAGUCGAAUGUUUUGAGGAAGUUGCUGAAGAGGGCCAACUCCUAUGAAGACACCAUAAUGCCUUUCCCUGGUGCUACCAUCAUCUCUCAGCUACUGAAGAAUAACAUCGGAAAGAAUGGAGGGAGUGACUCAGGCUUCCAGGGGAGUGGAGCUCUGUCGAGUGGAGGCUCUGAGAUCCAGGCCGAGGACGCCUGCAGUAACUCCUCCCGCGACCAGGACAGCCCAUCUGACUGCCUCUCUCCCGGGCCCCCCCUUCCCCCUCCAUCUUCCUCCUCCUCCUUCGGGCGGCCACCACCUCCUUCGAGCCUCAACUCCCACGCUCCCUCUCAGCCCCUCUCCCUCUCCUCCUUUGACUUGGACAGGCUGUCGGACGAGCACCUUCGUGCCAAACGUGCCCGCGUGGAAAACAUCAUUCGCGGAAUGAGUCACUCGCCACUGGUCCGGCCCAACGCCAGCGACCACAACCACGAAAGCAACCGUGAGAAUGACAACAGCAGUAAUGAUCACCGAGGAGAUGGCAACAGCCACAAAACCAGCAACCACAACCACAUCCGGAGCGACUGUCCUUCUUCCCUCCUGAGCUCUCCAGGUUCACGGGCCGGUGUCGUCAGCGUUGGUGAGGUUUACCGGGAGAAUAAGAGAAAGCAGCGUCUGCCACAGCAGCAACACAGCUUCACCCAGCUGGUGUGUUCCAGGCAGGAGCAGAGACAGGAAGAGAGACGGCAGCUCAAACUGCAGCUGGAGGACAUGCAGAAACAAUUGCGCCAACUCCAGGAGAAGUUCUACCAGAUCUACGACUCAGAGACAGAGGAGGAGGAGGAGAACGGCGAGAGUGGAGAGGGAGACCGAGGAGGAGAAAGAGAGGAAGAUGGUAACUUGUCAGAGGACAGUAUCCGCUCUGACGGCUUGGAAGAGAGGCACAGGGACAGAGGUCGGCAUAGCCAUGACGAACUCUCUGAGCUGGACCCAGGUCUGUUCCUGGACCGGGCCCGAGCUCUCCUCAGAGAGCAGGCCCUGUUAGAUGGAGAAAUAGAGGAAGACGUGGACGGCAGGGAGGAGGAGGAGAGGAAUGGAGAAAGGAGGAUGAAGAGGAGAGGAGGAGGAAGGCAGUUAGCAGAGACGCUGAAGCAGGAGCUCAACUGUGCCGUGUCACAGGUUGUUGACACUGUCGUCAAGGGCUUCUCUUCGCCUAAGCAGGCCGUCAGUCAUGGCUGCCACAGCAACACACCGGUUGCACCGUCCUCUUCCUCCAACUCGUCCUCUUCCUGUCCUCCACCUUUCGGCCCCCUCCCCUCCCUUACCCCGGACUCACGCUUUGGCAGCGGUGCCCUGGCCCUCACUCUGAACGGUGACGGCAGUCCCACCCCUAACUACCACUCCUCCAACCAGAGGCUGCAUUGCUUCAGCGAUGUAAUUGUCCCGAGCCCACUGGAUUCAUUUGGUGGUUUGAGUGGCAGACUUAGUGGUGUUCCAACGCCGAAUGACCAAACAGAAGCACUGCCACUGGUGGUGCGCAAGAGUGGUGGAGGAGGUGGAGGAGAGAACAUCAACCCCUCUCUUCCUCCCCCUCCUCCUCCUCACCAUCCCUCCCUCCACCCCUCUCCCCUCACGGCCUCUCUCGGGUUUAGCCCUCCAUCGUUUCGCCACCCAUUCCCUCUUCCCCUUAUGGGUUACCCCUUUCAGAGCCCCCUGGGGUCGCACGGGGGUGGAGCCGGCUACCCUCCAGGGCCCAAGGACCCCCAUCGGUCUUCCCCCGAUUCCAUGGACAUGACCCGGGAAACUGUCAGCCUCAGAACCAAAAUGGCAACGCUGGGAGGGGGCCAUCUCAGUCACCACCACAGGCAGAGCUCACCGAGCCAGCAUGGGCCGGAAGGUCUGUCCCUGUCCCUCAUCAAGUCUGAGUGUGGGGACCUGCAAGACAUUGCUGACAUAUCACCCUACUCAGGCAGCACUAUUCAGGAGGGCUUGUCUCCCAACCACCUGAAGAAAGCCAAGCUGAUGUUCUUCUACACCCGCUACCCUUCCUCCAACAUGCUCAAAAUGUAUUUCUCCGACGUCAAGUUCAAUCGCUGCAUCACCUCCCAGCUGAUCAAGUGGUUCAGCAACUUCAGGGAGUUCUACUACAUCCAGAUGGAGAAGUUUGCCCGGCAGGCCAUCAACGAGGGGGUGACCGCUGCGGAGGAGCUGACGGUGGGCCGCGACGCCGAGCUUUUCAGGGCACUCAACAUGCACUACAACAAGGCCAACGACUUUGAGGUACCCGAUCGAUUUCUGGAGGUGGCCCAGGUGACUCUCCGUGAGUUCUUCAAUGCCAUCGUGGCUGGCAAAGACGCAGACCCGUCCUGGAAGAAGGCCAUCUACAAGGUGAUCUGCAAACUGGACAGCGAGGUUCCUGAUGUUUUCAAAUCCCCCAACUGUCUACAAGAACUCCUCCAUGACUGACUAGGAUGAGGGAGGAAACGCGGCAAGCAAGACAAACCUCCGAGGACUGUGAGAAUACUGUAGGAAAAAGCCUCUAAAGGCACACAGUUAGACUAGAUUGAGGUCUUCAGUGAAAUGCGAUUGAAGGAGUUUGACGUUCGUGACGCGGUGCAGAGACUUGAAGAGGUUUGUUGGUGGUUGUUUUUGGUCACCCCAUCUUUUAAAGACAAACCUGCCCUCAAGAUGUUUUAUAAAGAAAAAAAAUAUUCCUCCUCACCGAGUUAGAGGGCUGAGACUCAUGAGUCAGACGAUACUCAAAUUAACAAAUUGUGUUGAGACUUUUAUAAAUUAAAAGCGAAACAGUAAAAACAGUGAACCUCCUUGCACUUACAGAAAAGCUCCUCCUUGCCGAAAACCCU